AUUUCCCGCCAUGUUAAACCUCAGUACUCCAUCCUUAGUUCCCCCUGUUCAAUUCAACCCAAAAAUCCCCCAAAGCCCUAACUCUAGAUUUACCAACCCCUGCCAAUUGAAGCCAGCAUCCAAUAACAUUUGCAAAUCCGAGUGUCGGACCGAAAGGGGUAUCGAAUUCCAGACCGGCGACACCUUCUUCCGCCAAGAGAGCGCUACGGGUCGAGACCUAGGCGUGCUCGCCGCCUCGCUCUACAAGAAAUCCAAAGGUGAAUUGAGGGUUCUUGAUGCGUUGUGCGGUUGCGGGAUCCGAUCUCUUCGGUACCUCGUUGGAGCUGAGGCUGAUUUCGUCUGGGCGAAUGACGCAAACGACGAGUACAGGAGGAUCAUCUCGGAGAAUCUAUCUCGGGUCGUUUGGAGGGGUUUGGAGGACGAGCGGAGAUGGAUGGUGACGCACUUCGAUGCGAAUCGGGUCAUGGCGGAGUGUUACCUGCAAAGAGAGUUUUUCGAUUUCAUUGACGUGGAUUCGUUCGGAAGCGAUUCUUCGUUUUUGAGGUCAUCGAUGAACGCUCUGAAAUUGAAUGGGUUGCUUUAUGUUACUUGUACCGAUGGAUACACAUCCGGUGGUCACCGGCCUUGCCAAUCUUUAUCUGCAUAUGGGGCUUAUGUUCGCCCAAUGCCGUAUUCGAAUGAGGUUGGUUUGCGGAUGCUUAUAGGCGGAGCUGUAAGGGAAGCUUCUGUGCUAGGCUAUCGCGUCACACCCCUAUUUUCGUACUACUCGUACCAUGGACCUGUUUUUCGAGUCAUGCUCCAGUUGAGCCGUGGGAAGCUUGUUGAUCAUAGGCAUUAUGGAUUCAUAGGCUACUGCCACAGCUGCGGAAACUCUCAAGCCUUUUCAUGGGAUGAAUUAGGUCAUAUGAGUUGCCCCUGUGGUGAUUCAAAGGUUUCCAAAUCCCUUGUGGUUUCGGGGCCCCUUUGGACGGGACCUCUUCACGAUGCGGCCUAUGUCACACAAAUGCUAAAUUUGGCGGAGCAAUGGGGUUGGGUGGGCAAUGUCGAAGGAGCUGAACUCGAGAAACUUUUGAAACAGAUGGUAGAUGAAAGUGACCCCAAAUUGUCAUUUGGGUACAUCAAGUUGGAUGAGGUGGCAAGCCGUGCCAAAAUAAAUUCUCCACCCCUCCGGAUCAUGAUGAGCGCCAUGCACCAGGAAGGGUACGUAGCAAGCAGGUCACACAUUUCUCCCAAUGUGAUCAAGACAAACUGUCCCAUGGCAGUAUGCAUGAGAAUUGCCAAGAAACUACAGGAUUCCUGCACUGGUGAAUGAUUUGGCAGGUUUAGUUAUACUGCUCAACAAACUGGACGUCAAAGCUAUACCUAGUUUUGUUGCCAGCACAUUUUUAUCCACGAUGUGCAAUGUUCAAUGGAAGGAGAUUCGAUUCCGCGUCCACUUCUACAAUCUGGUGUCCAUUUCUUGUUUGAGAUUUUCGAAAGAUUAAAAGUCAUGAAUGGAUGCAAAUGAUUAUGAA